AUGGAAAUUUUAACGAGAUUCCAAACGGCGCCUGCUACUCUUCGAACUCAACCAGCAUUUACUGUGCAGACGAUACCACCACUUGCUACCCUUCAGCUAUCAUCUAAUGCACUUCAGACAAAAGCACACUUUACACCUCAAUCAGAAUUAUCGUAUGCUCCGCCAUCGAUACGGCAAUCAUUUAAUAUAAGCCGUUAUCCGCUUCGUCUCAUCUACCAGCACUGCUAUCUAUGCUUCAUCAUCUCCCAACCAAAAAGAGGAGUCACUGUAACAAGCGCGCCAUAUGUGUUUAUCGAUAAUACGACCGUGCUGCAGUUCGGCAAUAGUGAUAGUGAGAAGAAGAAACUCGUAGACGAGUCACAUAAUAACCAACUAAACAUGAAGACAAUGAACCGAUCGUCGGAAGGAAAAGCAGUCCCUCCUCCAGAACAAGCACAGCAUUUACCAACACUUGCAGAAUGUCUUCUAUUCAUGAACCGCUGUUCAUUAUCCUCUUUCAUCAACCAGCAUUUGAAGAUAUUCCAUCGUCAGGACCUCCAUCACCGGCCAUCACCUCCAUCGGCGACACCAUCACCAAUUCCAUCAUCGUCGACUUCAACUGGCUUACCCCAGGAAUUUACCUACAUGAAGAACGAAUGUGAGAUUGCAGCCUGGGUCUCCGAUCAUAAACGCAUACUGGACCUUGCUAUCUCAAUUCGAAAAACGAAGAGACAGAGAAUUGAUGAUGGCGAAGACGAUGACGUUGGGAAGAUGAUUGGAAAUGAUAGGCGUGAGAUAGAAGAUCGUCUGUAUGUGGAAGCCAGAGCACUGUUUUUACGUACCAGAAAUACGUCAGCGGAGCUCCUCGAAAACAUGGCUUCAGAAAUACUAAAUAAAAAGGCAUCACAUCCCACAGCCCCAGACGUUGGAGAAAAUUUCGAAUGUGCUGAGCAACCUUCGGUACCAAGUAAACAAACAGCUCAAACGACGAGCAGAAGAAUAUAG